GGUACGUUCCAGGCGCAGCUCAGUCCCCAUGGAACAGUUGCUCAGGCUCCGGAGUUGGGAAGAGAAGUUGUUGAGAAUCAUGGCGGGGGGAAUGUCAUUUCAUUGCCACAGGAAUAAUCUGUUUUUAACCGGAUUGAAAGCGACAAUUUUGAUUUUCAUGUAUAACCUUUCUGGGGUCAGCACAGAACGAGUUAUAGUUGAUCCACAUAUUACAGCAAUUUGGGGAAAAAAGAUUGAGCUGAUGUGUGUGGUUCACGUUCAAGAGGCACUGACGCAGAUUUCUUGGGAGAAAGUUCACAAUGGAAGUACACAAACACUUGCUGUUUUUAAUCCGACAUACGGAAUCUCUAUUCCUGAGGAAUAUCGGGAUAAGCUUUCAUUCAAAAGCCCCUCUGAGAAUGAUGCAACUCUAAUACUGGAAGAAGUGAGCUUUACUGAUGCUGGAGAAUACACGUGCAAGGUGGUAACCUUCCCUUAUGGGAACACACAAGCAUCGACCACUGUUACUGUAAUGGUUGAGCCCAAGAUAAGCAUGUCACGUGGCUCUGAUCCAUUGAUAGAUGGGGGAAAUGAGACAGUAGUCGCUGUGUGCACAGCUGAAAAUGGAAAACCUGCUGCAGAGAUCACCUGGGUGUCUGAGGUUUUUGGAGAACCUGUUCAAAUCUUGAUUGACAAGCCUAAUGACUGUGUAACUGUUGAAAAUCGGUACAAUUGGAAACCAACUAGGUUUGCCCAAGGAAAGCAACUUACUUGUGUGAUUCGUCACCCAGCAUUAGAAUCGGAGAUACGGAUUCCAUUUACCCUGGAUGUCUUGCAUGCACCAGAAGUUGCAAUAACUGGUUAUGAUGAUAACUGGUUCGUUGGCAGGGAGAAUGUACAACUUAAAUGUAAUGCUGCUGCCAAUCCUGGGGCUACACAAUAUUCAUGGCGCAGGUUGAAUGGAGAGUUGCCACCAGGUUUGCGAAUAGCAAACAACACCUUAAUAUUUGGUAGACCCUUGGAUCAUAAUGACUCGGGGACGUACCAAUGUGAAGUUACAAAUGAUAUUGGAAGUAGGACAAAUACAAGGAAUAUCUACAUACUAGAUCCUCCUCCUACUACUACUACCUUACCUACAACACCACCGCCUCACACGACUGCUGGCGUAACAAGUUUAGCAGCGACAAAAAGAGCACUGUUCACAUCACCAACACUGGAGUCAUUGCACGAGGGACCUUUAGGCACUAUAAUUGGUGGUGCUGUUGGCGGUGCCCUAUUUCUAAUACUGCUGAUCAUCCUUGUUGGAGUUUGCUACAUGAAAAAACGAAGGACAUUCCGUGGAGACUAUUACACCAAGCAGUACAUAGGACCAUCUGACAUGCAGAAAGAAUCUCCGUUAGAUGUUCUGCAACCUCAUGAGCUUCAACAAUACAACGACCCCAACAAUGGCAGUCUUAAGCAAAAGACAAAUGAGGUGAUCUACCCAGAUUACUCCAAAGAUGUGAAAAAUAAUGAAUGGGGCCAUGUGGAAAAUAUGAACAACAGAUGCACAGAAGGAGAUACACUGCCUGUCGAUUAUUAUGAAGAUAGAAUGCCAGUUGGAACCAAGUAUGCUCAAGAUGACUAUUAUGAAGGAAACGAUGGUGACUUUGUAUCUCACUUAGAUGGUUCAGUAAUUUCUCGAAGAGAAUGGUAUGUGUAGGCUCAUAGGAAAGAGACGAUCCAAACUUCACAAAAAAUCUCAAAUGUCUUUAGCUUCAUUGCCUUUAAAAAAUAGGCCUACAUUUAAAAAAAAAAAAAAAAAAAAAAAAAAAAAAAAGCUAAAUAUGAUUUUAACUUUGUUGGAUAUACGUAUGUAGUGAAUUAGUUCCUGGAGCUUUACAAAAUAAAAGACAAGAAGCAAUGACAUUGUAUUAGUAAUUGUAUUUAGCUUUAUUUGGGAAAGCUGCAUAAGGGUAGUGUUACCCUUCUUAAUCUCAAGUAUAGUAGAAGCUGGAGUUGUCUAAAUUGCCUAAAUUUUAGCGCUUGUUUAUAUGCCAUAAGCAGUUAUUCAGCUGAUGGCUCUGUUUGCGUGCCUGGCAUUUUAAAUCCACAUCUAUCGUUCUGUGUGGAAAGCAUUUUUUUAAAAUUUCUUUUGUUUUUUUACAUUAGUUAGAGUUUCAAAUAUUUAUUUUAUUUUUCUCCAUUAACUGAAGUUUUGAAAAAUUCUGAUUUACUGGCUGGCUGUUAAAUUCAGUGCUAAAAUUAGAAUUACGCUUUUCUUUUAAUUUCCUCAUUCCAGAAAGUCACCCACGUAAUAUCAUAGUACAGGGCAGCUGGAAAAAUUUGUGACGGGUCCAGCCCUGCUUGACUUACCAGUAUAAGGAUAUCCAAGACCACAGUGGAUAAUUAGGAUUACACAGAAGUAUCAGAUUUAGGUGAAUCAGUUAAGAUGGCUAUUGGUCGAUGGGAGUAAUUGAUAUGAAUUGGAUCAACUUCUGACAAAUAUCAUAUAAAAGGUAAGAGAAGGAAAUAAAAAUAAUAAUUGUUAACAUUUGUUCUGAAAUUUAGGACCAUCCCAUACUUUUAUAUUGUGAAAAUUGAAUGCAAAAGUGCAGUUAUUUAUUAUUAUUUUUCACAACAAUCUUGCAAAUUGAAGUAAAAUUGAUGUAAAAGGAAAAAAAUGUGUAUGUUUAACAAUGUAAAGAAAAGCUAAAUUGAAAGUAUUUUCUUUACCAUGCAGUUCUUUGUGCCUAUGACUGUUUGUCAGAUACCUCUUACAUAUUUUGAGCAUCAUUAUAUUUAAUUGAUUUUCAUACUUACCUGUGUACUGAAAUCACAGUGUAUAGUGCCUGCUUAAGUGCAGAAAAAUGUACUGCAUCAAUAUGAAGGUAACGUUGAAACACGUUGUGUUUGCCUGAUGGCAACACAGUACAGGUACUCCUGUAAAAGCAGAUUGCUUUAAGAUACAGUGCAAUGAUAUUUUGCCACUGGAAUAAUUCUGUAUGGAGGUGGACAGUGCAGUGGUCAGUCCUCAUUUUGAGAGAGGUCCUUGUGCAUGAUGUCUAGUUGUACAUUUAAAUUUAACUCAAUAAAAGACAUAUUGUUACAAAUGUUUGUAAAGAACUAGGAAGGAAAAAAACACUGCUAGUACAGUGGAAUUCAUCCAGUUUAUUUAUUUAAUUAGUUAAUUAGUUAAUUAAUUCUUUAACCAGAAAAAAAAAACAUUGAGACCGAGGCCUCUUUUGCAAGAGUCCUGGCAAGAUGACCAGAAACAGACAGUAGUAAUUUCACAUCCCUAAAAAUAACAUCACUCUAAAAGACAAUCACAUCAUACAUUCAAUCUGGGAUCAGAAACAUUUACACUUCGAUAAUUCUUGGCACCUACUCAUUAAAAUAAAUGCAAUCUUAGUUAAUAUUGUUCAUUUAGCUGAUACGUUUGGAUUAUUUAUCUGAUGCUCGUUCAUAUCCUGGAUACUCUUGUCCAGACUGUUCCAUGCCAUAGGGACGAUGUAGCUAAAUGCUGAUCAGCCAACCCAGGACAUUCUCCAAGGUACUGUAUAAAUAAGUGCAAGACUAGAUCGUAAACUACACUUGGGUAUAUUUACCUGUAACAACCAACCUAGGUAACCUGGCAACAAACCUAUUACAGUUUUACACACAAAAAGCACCCAGUAAUUGCCUUCUACAAUUAAGUGACAUCCAAUUUAAAGAAGGCAGUAACUGGCAGUGAUGGGUUUGAGGGUGGCAUUCUAAUACAAAUCUGACUGCUUUUUUCAUUAGUCGAUCCAAUUUUUUUUUAAAUUGCUCAGCAGAGGCAUGUAAAAGUAAAGUAUAACCAUAAUCAAACAAAGGAAAAAUACAGCUCUUUAUAACAUGAUUUCUACUUUGAAGCGUAAAGUUUUUUCGCUUUCAAAAAAGAAAACCCUGUUUUUGAGCUAUUUUCUUUAAGAUAGUUAAAAUAUGAAGAUCAAACUCCAGGAAUGGAUUCAGCCAGAUCCCAAUAUAUUUAUAACUAUCCACCACCUCAAGAGGCUCUCCAAUCAAUCAGUGAAUGAAGGAUCAAAUCUUGUUUCAAACUUUUAAAUGUAGGUCCAAAAAACAUGAACUUCAAUAUACAAUGAAAACAGUGUCGAACCCAGGACAGAGCCCUGUGGUACACCUUUUUUUAUCUCUGUGAUAGAAGACAACAUACCUCCUCCCUUUAUCAUUUGUUUUCUAUCUGUUAAAUAACUACAAAACCAUUCAAUGGCUUUAUCAGACAAACUCAAUUCCCCCAACCUAUCACAUAAUAAUUUGUGGUCCACAGUAUCGGACAGAUCAAUAGACUGCAGCUGCCACCUGCUUACUAUCCAAACCUCUUGAAAUAUCAUCACUUUAGUCACUGCUGUUAUUGUCCCACGGCCUGAUCUAAAACCAGACUGGAUUGGGGACAGCAGGUUGUUUGAGUUAAUAAAGGCUUUCAGCUGAUCCAGCACCACCUUCUCCAAACAUUUGCCAGAACAGGCAACAAUGAUAUUGGUCUGUAAUUGGCGACAUCCAUUUGAGAGCCUCCCUUAUGUAUUGGUACCACGUGCACGCUUCCACAAUAUUGGUAUGGUUCCAUUAUUUAAGGAUAGAUUAAACAAAUGUGCCAGAGGAUAUUAAAUAAUAUUACUAGCCAAUUUAAAAAGAAAGGCUCCAGUUGAUCAGCUCCAGUCCCCUUUAAAGUAUCCAAACUGUGUAAUGCACAGUUGAUGAUGCCACAUUCUUAAAAUCUAAUUAAAAAAAUUCUAAUGUCUUGAGCUGAUGUUAACAAAGUACACUGGUUUCUAAGUUGGCUAUAGUGCACCCAGUUCCUAACUGCCUCCUCAACUGGCGGGCCAAGCUCUAUCCAUACUGCUCUGGGCAGGACAAAGCAACAACACUAACAUUAAAUCUUUCCUUGCAAUAAAUGGCCACACCUCCACCUUUUGAAGAUCUACCCUUUCUUAGUACUGCAUAACCAGGUAGAGUAACUGUACUGUCAGGGAUAGUCUCCCUAAGCCAAGUUUCUGUCAGUAUUAAAAAGUCAAGUUGAGCCUGUUCCAUCCAGAGUGUAAGCAUAUCUAACUUUGGAAUUAAACUUCUGAUAAUUAUCUGAGUGAUUUUUAACCCUUAUAUUGCUGAGAUCAUUCAUAGAGAUAACUGAACGUCUCAGUGGAGUGAUUUCAGUUGGGCCAGGGUUUAAUUCAAUAUUCCACAUAGAAGUAACAAACUUAACAUGAGCACCCUUUUAAAAUGUGGUUGAUAAUGUCUCAGUAAAGUCUGAAUCUUGACCAAUUUAAACUUACAAUGAGAGUAAUUAUUGAAUUUCUUCAAAAUAAUCCUUGUCAUUAAAUCUGUAAUGAAGAUACUUCAGCUUGUAUGUUUUCCAGGGUCUAAGCCAUUGCAGCAAAGGUGUAAGUAGCACAUUUAAACAAGCAUGAGAGGUUAUAGCAGCUACUACACAAUAAUUAUUAUCCAAGAGCAUAGUGUGCCCAAGUUUAUUCACUACCCCAUUGGGAGGGGGCACUGGCAUUAUAGCUACAAAACACCAAACAUAAUAUGCCGGAUCAAUAGAGUAGCUCCCAUCUGUAUAUAUAAAAUACAGAAACAACAAUUAUGAAUUCAUUAAAUUAAUAGGCCACUGCUCUGUAUCUUUUUUAUCCAACUAAAGAUCAAAUUAUUAAACACAAUGUUUAUAGUCAUUUUACAUAAGUCCAAAAUUUAGAUCAAUUAGUUUCCUACUUUCCAUACACAAGUAGUCAUCUCACUGAAUUUUAGUCUGUUUUUAUCCUGCUAUAGGUACAAUCCUUCCAGUUUACUAGGCUCAGCUUUCGUCUUGGUACAAUCUACCUUCUCCAGAUUGCAUUAUAGCAAUCUGUUGCUAUAAUGACUAUAUACACUAUACAAAAAUGUAUAUUUAGAUAAAAUAUAAUAAGUCAUCUCCCAGUUAUAUUUAAACAUAAAUUAAAUUAAACUAACAUUCACAUGCACACACUGCUUCUAUGACGGCCAGCUUGAUUGUAUAAGAAGAAAAAAUACAAUAGAAAAAGAAAUAGAGAGAAUAGGCAGAUGAAGACACAGCAGACAUAUAAAAGCAAAUGAAGAAUUAUAAGCAUUUAAAAUACACAACACAGAAACUACCCAAAACAGCCCGUGUCCUUUUCAAUGUUCUUACACGAUUGCCGCACUGCCUCUAACACCAGCAGGUGAGAUGAAUAUAGCAAUCCUUGAAUCGGAGGCAGUUGUGUGAUGGACGCAGUUAUGCGCUAUGACGAGCAGAGAAUACUUGCAAUGAUGUUGUUUGAAUGAGAAUUCAAAAAGAAACAAAAUUUAAAAAAAAAUAAAAUAAAAAACCUAUGCAGUUAGAAUAUAUAAAACUAUCCAUGUAAGAGCAAUAGAACUCCACCAUUCAUGAUGAUUGCAAAAAAUAUAGAAAAGUUAGGCAGUGCCAAAUUUAAAAUUACUUUUGUAGCUAUAUGUCUUUUAAGUGUUUUCCAAAGUUGAAUGUGAGGUGUCAAAACACAAGCUUUACAUUUUAAUUAAGGGAAGAUGUUGAGUGAGCAUGCAAAUUUGCCAAAUACUUAACACCCUUACAAUUCUGAAUUAAAUACUGCCUGUAAGACAGUAUCUCAAAUACUUUAAAAUUCAAAACAUAUAUUGGAUUCAGGUAUGUUACUUUAUGUAAGGUGAAAUAGAAAGGAGAAAAAACGUGUAUAUAUGAGUUCAUAGUUUACAUUAUUUAAAACGUAUUUGCCAUUUUUUAUGGCAAGGUUUGUAUUUAGGAAGCUUUUAUUUGUUUUGGAGUGUGUUCUGUGCAUCCAUUGGGGUGGAAGUUUAGUUUAUUUGCAGUAUUUUCUUUAGUAGCCGAAGGAUAAAGAUCAUGAAGUGUAUUUUAAUGAUCACAACAGUGGUGCAUCAAGAGUAAUUGGCUGACCCACCUACUACCAUCACUAAAUAUGCAAGGUGUAACAGAGGGCCACUUCUGUUUAGUUCAUUAAAAUAAACCCCAAUAUGUCUGCUAGAAAUUAAGUUGAGAUGGCACAUUCCAAUAUUUUAUUGGGAAUAAAAAAAAAAUCAACACAUAAUAGAAAAGAGGGCAACAGAUGUAAUUUGUUUCAAAUGCAAUCACCCAGCUUGUGUUGGAUAAUAGUGUUAAAGUUGGUAUUUUUAAGGGAUAUUUUUCUAGUUUGUUUUAAUCACCUAGCUAUUUAGUAAACCGUGUAUGUUUGCAUUGGACAAUAUUGCAAAUGUGUUCAGAAGGAUUUCUUUUAACCAGUCAGUAUAAAAUCAUUUUCACAAAAAAGCCAAAAUCUGAAUGAUUGUUUGUUUUAUAAUUGUUUAGUUAUACAGUACUGACCUGAGUUUUGUGUGUGUGUGUGUAUAUAUAUAUAUAUAUAUAUAUAUAUAUAUAUAUAUAUAUAUAUAUAUAUAUAUAUAUAUAUAUAAUUGCCAAAAAAAAGUUUCAUAAUUAAAAUACCUGAUAUGAUAACUGCUGUUGGAAGGUUGUUCUUUAAGUUUAUUUGAUAUUUGUUAAUGUGUAUGUACAUAGCAGAUAUGUAAAGGGCUGAUUUACUGCAAACUUGAUUAGCUACUGUGUGAAUUGAAUGUUUUGAUACUUAUGUUUGAAUAAAUUGCCUUUUUUUCUGUGUCUUAA